UUCGCACCUAGUGUCUACAAAUGGUAUAUUUUAAUGUUUUGAGUUAAUUUUGCAUCAGUUAAACGUGAACCUUCAUCAAAUAUAAUUCUGUUUAAAUGUUUACGUGAAACUAAAGAAUAAACCGAUAAAAUGAAUGUGAAAAAAGCAAUCGAUCCGCUGCAAUUGUGCCGAAUAUGUGCGAUUGACGUUGCUGACGAUACAUCACAUUCACUUAUUGAAAAAGAUCAAAUCACCAAAUUGGGCGAGAAAUUUAUUUCAUGUCUCGGAAUUCAGCUUAUGAAGGAAGGAUAUCCAGAGCGUGUUUGUGACUAUUGUCAAUCUCAGUUGAAUACAUUUGAUGCAUUUGUACGAAAGGCAAGGACAACGUCGAAUCAGUUUGAAAGUAUACUGCAGGAGUUGAAACAAAAUAAUGUGGAUGAAGAAAACGAACAUUUCGAAGAUCAAUCGGAUGAGACGGUAAAUAAUAAUGAACUGUUGGCAACGACAGAUAUGGACUUUGAAAUUUCCAAUGAUGAAGUGUCAGCAAAAAAAGUGUCCAAUCAAUCGAUCGAAGUGGAAUUUCUCGACGAAAAAACCAAAGCGGAGCUUGUUAGAGGAGGUGUUAUCAUUCCAGCCAAUGGAGACGAAGAUGAAUAUACGAUUGAAUAUUUAGAACCGGAGUACAUGAAUACAUUUGUUGAUGAAAUAACGCAAAACGAAGAAUAUGAGGAUGAUGACGAAGAUCAGCAUUCAGAAACACAGGGACAAGAUGGCAAAAAUAACGCAGAAAGUCGACCAAAGAGAACAUACCCGUAUAAAUGCGCCAAGUGCAAUAAACGUUUUGUUUACAAAGAGGUUUACGAGGCGCAUAUUCGUAUUCAUAAAGGCUUACCGGGUUUUUCGUGUCCGCAUUGUCCGAAAACAUUCAACGAAAAAUCAAAUUUCGAUUAUCACAUGCAAGACCACACCGGUAUAAGACCGGCAAAGUGUCAUCUUUGCGAGAAGAGCUUCAAAAAUAAACAAGAUCUGGCUUCCCACAUUCGGUGCCACAAGGACAUUCGCAAAUAUAUGUGUGAUGUGUGUGGAAAACGGUUUCGUUCACAAAGCCAUAUGACCUAUCAUCGGUAUGCUCAUUUUGAAGAAAGAAAUUUUGCCUGCGACCAGUGUCCACAAAAAUUUAAAUCACCACACAUACUUCGAACACACAGAAACACCGUACAUUCAACCGUAUUUCGCUACGAAUGCGAACAAUGUGGACGCAAAUUCAAACGAGAUCAUCACUUAGUGGCACAUAGACGCACACAUAACAAAACACCAAACAACCGGAAGCCACGGAAAAAGAAAGCCGAAAAAGCAGCUGAUUCAACGUAUGAAGUUGUUGAGAUGAUUAAACAAGAAGAAGAACUCGACAUUAACUUCGAGGAAGAGACAUAUGACGAAGAAUUCAUAACCGACGACUAAUUGUCCAAUUUUAUUAUUGCUAGACCAUGUACAUUAUAAAGUAGAAAUUUAUAAGAAUAUUUUCAUAUUUUUAUCGAUUG